UACACGCCAGCAUCCUCAUCCACGGCCAUCUACACGCCAGCAUCCUCAUCCACGGCCAUCUACACGUCAGCAUCCUCAUCCACGGCCAUGUACACGCCAACAUCUUCAUCCACGGCCAUCUACAUGCCAGCAGCAUCAGCCACAUACACACAGGCAUCAAAGAAGUCCUCGUCCACAUCCAUAAGUCACAUUUCCUCUGCAGAACCAUGUGACUCCCCAGUCGAGCUGGAGGGUUGGGUGCGACUGUGGGAAAAUCCCAACGGCAUCCCACCAGCUGACCUCUCCUGGGUGAAGGACGACCCAGAGCGAGGACUCUUUGGCCCCAUUCAGGCGUAUCGUGACAACACCGGUGUAUUGAAGAGGAGUCGAGCACUAAAAUCUGACCGGAUGUGGUUUUACCCUCCAGAACCUCCAGGCUACAUUAGUGGUCCCUUGCCAACUCCGCAUCUCUUUUUUCGAAGUCGCGUCUUUGUGUGGCAGCCUGUUGGAGUAUGGAAAUACUUACUGAAGUGUCCUCGGGGUGCAGAAUGUGUGGGUCAAGGAAAGGCUGUGUACCUAUACAAGUCGGGCUACCACACCAGGGUUUGUCACAUUUGUGAUGUAUCCAGCUGGUAUUGUAUGCUGACAGAGGUCCUGUGCUGUGGCCAGUGCACCAAAGCAGCCGGGGGUCGUGGCAGUGGCAAGGUGGGGCAUUGGUUGGCAUGGGAUCCUGCUAUCCUGUGCCAACUCAGUGAGGCUCACCAAGCCAUGUUCCCUGCUGUCCUCACAGACACGCGUGGUGUGGACAAAAAUCAAACGCGAUUAUUUACAGAGGCCAUAGACAAUGUGUGGGAAAGCCAGCAGCAACACUUAGAGUGCAUUCAGGAUCCUCCGGACAUGAAUAUGUACAGAUUGGCUCAAACCACUACCAUCAAUGGCAUUGACGUCCCUUGUUACAAAUGUCUCCGUGGAAGCAACAGCCUGGAGGGAUUCCACAAAGCUUUGUCCAACAUGAUUCCAGGUCCCCACUGUGCAGCACAUCCCUGUCAGGUUUACCUGAUUAGUGGAAUCGCUCGCUGGAAUUCAGGCUGCAGUUCUGAUGCGGUGUUCGGUGGCAAAAGUCGAUGCCACAGAGCGUACUCUGCCCCUCUGAUUGAUCGCCUCAACACCCGAUGUCAGCAGCUGUUUGGAGAGACUGUAGAGGAGAAUAUCCACGCACCUGCUAAUGUGACGUCGAAUGAGUUGCUUGGUUUGGAAUACCUCUUCAGCCAAAGCACAGGAGAAUCUGGUCCUUUCUCCCUCAGUGACAUCUCCAAGGAUGGACCCAGUCCAGAGGAAGAGGUGAUCCAGCCUGGCCAGUCUGACACAGAUGAGGACGAUGUGGUGUACAAGAGUGACCCAGAGGCAGAUAACGACAUAGUGCCUACCAUCCCAGCCCACAUCAACCUUACUACUGACAAGACCACUGCAGCUCACUCUCCAGCCUUUGAGGAUGUUUGUAGUUCCAACCCGCUUCCUGGCUUCCAACAGCUGGAAAAGUUCUGUUCUCUGCUGGUGGAGAUUUGUCUGACUGAGGACAAGUUGAGCCUAACAACAGAACAGAGGAACAGGCUCAUCGAAGCAUGGAGUGCUGUAGAGGAACACGACAAACAACCACCGAAGUUUCACCAGCUCUACAAAACACACUGGGGUAAUGCGCUUUAUUGUCGCACAAAGAGAGACGAUCUUGCACUGGCCCAGCAAGACAUCAGUUCUCAGCACAACAGGCUGAUGUACACACUAGUGAAACUUCUCUGGUUGGGGUCACCACACAGUACUCCGGCAAGCCCUGUAAAAACCACCAUCGCAAAAGCCUAUGAGAGACUUCAGCAUCGCGUAUUGGUAGAGGAUCCGGUUCUGAGCAUACUGGGAAUACCUUUGCCAAAAAUUGACACCAAAACAGUCUGUGAUUUUAUCCGCCGGCAAGAGAGACUCGUCAACCUGCGGUCGACUGAAUUGCCAUCUGCUGCCGUGCUGAAGACCAUGUUAAUCUCUUCAAAAGAGCUACCUCUAGCUCCAUGCCAGCCGUCUGUUCUCCCUCCACCUGACCUCCCACAGAUAAAGUUUGAACACAUUUCAAGCAAAGCAGGGACCAAGGUUUUAAAAGGAAAUACAGACACUGCGAUGCCAGUUCCAAAGGCUCUGCUGCCAUUACAGCACAGUGAGUCUGCGCCAAUUCCCCACUCACUAUUGCCGGUCAGAGUAUCUCGUGUGACUGAUUGGAAAACGCCAGUCACUUCCAUCAUGAUCAAACCUCUAGCUAAAAUCGCUUCAUCUGCCACACGAGUGAUCCCAGCUACUUCCACCAACACAACACCAGUGACGAUGUCCACCAGCCAAACUGACACAUCACAGAGUAUUGACAGCCCUUCAGCCUGGGCCAGGGCUACACUGUAUAAACGGAAACAUACAGGCAAUCUUACAAAUGUUGGAAUCAAGAAGUCACGUGUACAAAAAUUGCCUGUUUGUACACUAUGCAGCCAACCAACUCAGGGACACAAAAAAUACAAGAAGAAGACUUUUUGCCCUGUAAAAAUGAUGUCGACCUCAAAAGGACUUUGCAGCAGAGUCUACUCCAGUUACGAACAUUUUACCUCAGUUGUAGACUUACGGCAAUAAACUUGGGGUGUGUUCACACUUGGCAUGUUUGGUUCGAUUAAAACGAAC